GCCAGUCUGGAGCGUUGUAACAGUUUCUAAAGUUCCUCUGUGUAGAAAAUAAAGGUUUUAACCCCACGAACCGGAUAAUACAGCUCUCUACAGUUCAUCUUUCAGCCCAAGCAGCUAACAGCAGCAGUUUAGAGCAGCCGUCACGGAGUCACUGCUGGGAUUUCAUUAAAAACAGAGCUGUAUAUUGUCAUAUUUGUACGAUGCAGGAUACAACUUGACACAGGAUUGUCACAGACCCGCCGGAUACAGAUGUAUGUCCUCUGGGUCAGUUCCCCUGUGGGAAUCUAUCGAUAUGUUUGCCGCAGCUCAAACACUGCAACGGCCAGCAAGACUGCCCCAAUGGUGCGGACGAGGAGAACUGUGUGGAUAACAGUGGGUGGCCUCACCUGUUUGAUGCCUUCAUGAAGACCAGAGUUCAGGAACCAGAAGAAUGCAUGCUGGAUGUGUAUCCUGAGGUGUGUUUCUGCGCGGGUUGGAAGGUCAACUGUAAUGGCAAAAAUCUCCAGCAGGUUCCUGCCGUGUCCUGCAACGUUACUGCACUAGAGCUGAACAGUAAUGGUCUGGUUUCUCUUCCCGCGGAUCUGUUCAUCCGCUACAGACGGCUGGAGAGACUGCAUCUGGAGAAUAACAGAAUAGAGCUGAUCUCAAAGAGAGCGUUCUCCGGCCUCUUUUCACUGAGAAAGCUAUUUCUCAGUCAGAACAGAAUUUCCUCUCUGAAAGCUGGAAUCUUCACUGAUCUCAGCAGUCUGGAGUGGCUGAUACUGGAUGAGAACAGAAUCACGUCUCUCCGACAGAAGUCUUUUGAAGGUCUGAAGUCUUUAUUCUUCCUGUCUCUACUGAAUAAUUCUGUGGAGCAGUUACCCAAAACAUCGCUCUGCUAUGAGAUGCCCCGCCUAAACUGGCUAGAGCUGGAAGGUAACAGGAUUUCUUCUUUAUGGUCAUCCAGUUUCAAAAACUGCACUUCUCUCACAGUACUAGCUUUGAGGAGGAAUCGCAUCAGUACUAUUGAGGAUGGCACAUUCUCCAACAUGCAUCGCUUGAUAGACCUGGAUCUGUCCGUCAACCAGAUUAUGGAUCUUCCUCCGUCUCUGUUCCAAAGCCUUCAGAACCUCAAGCAGCUGAACAUCUCCAACAACCCGUUGACGCAUGUCUAUGAGAACCAAUUCGACAGCUUUGUCAACCUGCAGUCUCUGAGCAUGGAGGAGGUGGAGAUUCCAAACAUCAGCAUCCGAAUGUUCCGCACCCUCAGCAACCUCUCCCACAUUUAUUUCAAGCGUUUCGAGUACUGUGGCUACUCCCCGAACGUGCGGAGCUGCAAGCCCAACACUGACGGCAUCUCUUCCUUCGAGAACCUGCUGGCCAACAUCAUUCUGCGGGUGUUCGUCUGGGUGGUGGCGUUCAUUAUCUGCUUUGGAAACGUGUUUGUGAUCUGCCUGCGCUCCUGCAUCGCCUCUGAGAACCAGCACCACACGAUGGCCAUCAAAUCCCUCUGCUGUGCAGACUGUUUGAUGGGCGUGUAUCUCUUCUUCAUCGGCGCCUUCGACAUCAAGUACUGUGGAGAGUACAACCGCCAUGCCCAGAUCUGGAUGGAGAGCCUCUCCUGCCAGCUGAUUGGCUCUCUGGCAAUGCUGUCCACAGAGGUUUCAGUGAUGAUGCUGACGUACAUGACACUGGAGAAGUACCUGUGCAUCGUGUUCCCCUUCCAGCAUUACCGGCCAGGCCGAAAGCGCACCCUCUGUUCCCUGACCUCAAUUUGGGCCCUGGGUUUCAUCCUGGCACUCAUUCCUUUUUGUGACAAGCAGACAUUUGGAAAUUUCUACGGCCGGAAUGGAGUGUGUUUUCCCCUUCACUCAGACCAGGCAGAGAAACCCGGAGCACAGUGCUACUCUACAGGAAUAUUCCUGGGUCUGAAUCUCUUUGCCUUCGUGCUGAUUGUUUUCUCCUACACCAGCAUGUUCUACUCUGUACAGAAAACAGCCAAAUCAGCCAGGCAAAUGGCCUUCGACCACGAGGUCGCCAUCGCCAAGCGCUUCUUCUUCAUCGUCUUCACUGACGCCAUGUGCUGGAUGCCCAUCUUCCUCCUUAAGAUCCUCUCCCUCCUCCGAGUUCAGAUUGCGGGUACUAUAAUCCUGUGGGUGGUGAUCUUCAUUUUGCCUAUAAACAGCGCCUUGAACCCCAUCCUCUACACCAUCACCACCAGCACCUUCCAGGAGAAGAUCAAAAUGUGCCUGCGCUUCCGAUGCACAGAAAACAACUGACACACAAACACCAAAUUCACAAUGUUACACAUAC